AUGUCUCAAAUUUCUGCUUCCCAGCCAUCCCAACCGCAAUCCCCAGAGGCUCAUGUUUCCGUCUUUCCAGAACAAUUCUCACACGAACCCCAACACGACUGCACUCGCUCGCCAAAGGCGCCUCUACCAGACCACCACAACUCAAGUUCCCCAACCCAGAGACGCGGGUCAAGCAUUACACGAAAUCCCAUAUCAGAUACAUGGCGCGAGGAAGCAUAUAAGAGGAAAGAGGCUGGAAAGGAGAAGAUAGUAGACGUGGCGAAGAAGCAAGACAGGUGGCGAUGCGAGUACUGCGAAAACCUGAACGAGAGGGGCAUCGUAAAAGACGAGCGCGAGGCCGACAAGACAAAGGAUAGCCACGAUGCUGGGUCGGGAGUUACGAGCUCAUCUAAACUAUUCCUACACGCCUCAAGCCACCCCAUCAAGAUCCCUGGCUCCGAUCCACCCGGCGUUGCGCCUGGCGACCUAGUCAAAUGCACGUACUGCGGCGAACAAAUGUUCGUCGAGCUUUCGCGGUACGAUCCGAGAGAAUUAGCCGAAGACGGAGUGCGCUGGAGUGUCGUCGAGGAUCCGCGUGAGAAGAAGGGAGGAGUUGAGGAGGAAGAGUAUAGGGGAGACAGAAAGUGUGAGGAUUGA